CACACACACACACACACACACACACACACACACACACACUCACACUCACGUCGCUGCGUUGACCCGAAAAAACAACAAGACGAAACGCAGUCUCCACCGAGGGGCUAACAGCUCAUGUCACCGUCGUAGAAACAACAACUUCCGUUACAACAAUGGAGAAACCUCCCUUCAGGCAGAACCAAAGCUGCGGAGCCUGGGAGCUGAAAGAGAGGCUGGGCAUGGGAGGGUUCGCUCAUGUUUACCUUUACCAACAUCAUGAAACAAACGAAAAACUAGCUGUGAAAAUGUGCCGUCUGGAGCUCACACCAAGAAACAGGGACAGAUGGAGCCGAGAAAUCCAGAUCAUGAGAAAGUUGAAUCACAUUAAUGUGGUGGCAGGCCGGGACGUCCCUGAGGAAAUGAUGCACAUAGCGCUAAAUGAUCUUCCACUGCUGGCCAUGGAGUACUGCUCAAGGGGAGACUUGAGGAAGAUGCUGAGCAAACCUGAAAACUGCUGCGGUCUGAAAGAGAGUGAAGUUCUCUCGUUACUCAACGAUGUUGGAUCUGGUAUCCAGUAUCUGCACGAAAACAAGAUCAUACACAGAGACCUUAAACCUGAAAACAUCGUGCUGCAAGAUAUCAACGGGAAGCUGGUUCACAAAAUCAUCGACCUGGGCUAUGCCAAAGACCUGGACCAGGGCAGUCUGUGCACCUCCUUUGUUGGCACGCUUCAGUACCUGGCUCCUGAGCUGUUUGAGAAUCAGCCGUACACCGUCACUGUGGACUACUGGAGCUUUGGCACCAUGAUUUUUGAAUGCAGUUGUGGUUUUCGUCCGUUCCUGCACAACCUGCAGCCGGUGCAGUGGGCCAGCAAAGUGAAGAAUAAGGGUCCAAAAGACAUCAUGGCUGUAGAGGACGUGAACGGAGAAGUCAAGUUCUCCACCCACCUCCCUUACCCCAACAACCUCAGCAGGACUCUGUUGGAGCAGAUGGAGUCCCUGCUGCAGCUGAUGUUAAAGUGGGAUCCGUAUCGGAGAGGAGGAAUCUCCUACGAGGAUAACAAAAAACCGAUGUGCUUCGAAGUGCUGGAGCAGAUUCUGAGUAUGAAGGUGGUCCACAUCCUGAACAUGACCACGGCUCAGGUCCACUCCUUUCAGCUGACUCACGAUGAAAGCCUCCACAGUCUGCAUAAACGCAUCGAGGCCGAGACCAAGAUCGAGGUGGUCAACCAGGAGCUGCUGCAGGAGACGGGAGUGUCGCUGGAUCCCAGGAAGCCCGCUGCACAGUGUGUCCUCGAUGGAGUGCGAGGCUGGGACAGCUACAUCGUCUACCUGUUUGACAGGAGCAUCACCAAGUACUCCGGGCCGUUCAGCGCCAGACAACUGCCCGAUAAAGUCAACACUAUCGUGCAAGAAGCCAAGACUCAGCUCCCCUUGGUGGCGUUGAAGAAGGUUUGGGGGGAAGCAGUGAGCUACAUCUGCGGCCUAAAAGACGACUACAGCAGGCUUUUCCAAGGACAAAGGGCUGCUAUGUUGAGUCUCCUACGUUACAACACCAACCUGACCAGGUGUAAGAACAGCAUGUUCGGCUUCUCGCAGCAGCUCAAGGCCAAGCUGGACUUCUUCAAGAGCAGCAUCCAGUACGACCUGGAGAAAUACAGCGAUCAGAUGCACUACGGCAUAUCCUCUGAGAAGAUGCUGAAAGCCUGGCAGGAAAACGAGGAGAGGGCCGCCGCUUUUGCACAGGUGGCAGAGGUGAGCCACCUGGACGACGAGAUCAUGGCUCUGCACUCUGAGAUCGUGGAGCUUCAGAGGAGUCCGUACGCUCGGCGCCAAGGGGACAAGAUGGAACAGCUAGAGGAGAAGGCGAUCGAGCUUUACAAGCAACUGAAGAUGAAAUGCAAAACACCUGAGACGGAUGAGGGCAGUGACAGCUCUGAGAUGGUGAAGGCGAUUAUUCAAACCGUGCAGAACCAGGACAAGGUCCUCAAAGACCUCUACACCCACCUCAGUAAGAUCCUGAUCAGCAAACAGAAGAUCAUCGACUUGUUCCCUCGCAUCGAGAAAACCCUGGAGAACAUCAAAGACGCCGACAACACGGUGAUGCAGAUGCAGAUCAAGAGGCAGAGAGAGUUCUGGCAUUUACUCAAGAUCGCCUGCGCUCAAAACUCGUCAAGGAGCUCGAUAGCAGCGAGUCCCGAGUCGUCCAACCUGCUGCAGGUCUCUCAGUGGUCGCAGUCUGCGCAACCAGUCAGCUCCCCACAUCCGCUCACAUCCCUACCUGGGCCAAACGACAGUGACGCUGCUCCGCGUCUGCUGCAGGAGAACCAGAAGUACCUCAGUCAGCUGACCAGCCUGAUGCAGGACGCGGCCGACGACCAGACCAAGAGCAUAGUGGACCAAGACUGGAGCUGGACGAAAUACGAAACUUUAUCAACAAAAUUAAAAAAGAGAAACGCGUAAAAACCCAACUCGUGUCCUCCAUCUCUCCCCCCUCCCCCCUUCCCCUUUGCCUGCGCUCCGAGUAACACUAAAGACUGUAAGCUGUUCAAACACGCAGCAGAGUGAUGUCACACGUCGUGGUACAGAUGUACCUGGACUCCAGAGUUCUCCAACAACGACUCUCCUCAUCAUCUUUAGGGGAGGGGGAGAGUUUGCACAUGCUCAGUGGUGUACUCUCCUGUAGUCUAACAUGGAGGACAUGUUCUUAUUGAUGUGAGGAAACAUGACUCCAUGUCACUCCACUUGUUUUCUUUUCUGCUGCGACAUUAUUCAUGAAACUCAUUUCUAAGAAGAGCAAACUGUAGCACCAGACGAGAGCGUUUUCUAUCUGUCACCUCAGACACAAACAUGGGAACUAACACGAGACAUAAAAGGAAAACACAGGAUGUGGUCGGGGGGGAGGAAAUUACAAUCAAGCAAACAGCACUUUGAUACUCCCAUGUAUCCUCUCUGUUGUUCCACAUGGCUGCUGAAAGCGGUCGCAGGAUUUCCAGACGAGGCAGAAUCAGUUUCACUCAUAAUCGGUUUAAAUCUUUUUAAUAUUCACAGACCGGGGUUUAAUUCUGUGUCCAUGUUCUGUUGAUUUACCUUUUUUUUUUUUUUUCUAAAAUCAAGUGUCCUAUAUCCCAGGCAGAGCGCUCUGUGGUUAUGAAAUGUGUGACUCGGACUUGGCCGUGCCAUCAUGAUCAUAAAAAAAAAGUCUUUACUGUACGUUCAGCAGGAGAAACAGACGGGCGGCGUGUCGUCUCAUUUUAGAGCACAAAGUGUUUCACUGUGAGGUUUGAGCUGCGUUCAUGUCGUAUGGAGGCAAAGCAACGGCUCGGCUUGUAGACAAAUGACCUUAAGGUCGCUGACGAUUGGUUUUCAUCCACUGUGAAGUUAAAUCAGGUUAUGAGAUGAACGGCCUGUGAUUAAACUAUUUUUAAAAAAAGGAAUGAGGCGCAGAUGGACUAGCGGUUAGGGAGCGCCUCAUGUUGGAGGCUAUAGUCCUCCAAGCGGGUCCUGGUUCAAGUCCGGCCCUUCGCUCAUCUCCUGCAUGUCUCUCGGGUUUCCUACUCUGUCAACUGUCCUUUCAAACAAAGGAGAAAAGCCAGAAAACAAAUCUUAAAAGAAGGUUGUUGUUCUGAGGUUUAUUUUGGAGCUUUAUUGAAGAGACAGGACAGUGGAGUCAAAAAUCAGAGAGAGAGAGAGAGUGGGGAUUGACAUGUCAGAUUUGAACCCGGGCCGCCCGCUUGGAGGACUACAUCCUCCGCACAACCACUAGGCCGCCAGCGCCCCGUGCAAUCAAGCAUUUAAUAUAAAACUAUCAUGAAAGAGGAUAUUUACUUGAUAUUUCAUCACACUGCUUCGUCCCUUACACUUCAUGAUAUUCAUUCAAACAAACUUCUCCGAACAUGGAGACUGAAAACUUUUUUAUUGUUAAUGUGCGAAUUAAAAGUUCCGACUGAAAACGGCGUCCACUUCUGGGCCCUCGACCCACCAGUUGAGAACCACUUAAAACACAGAAAAAACACAUUUCUAACACGCAAACGAUCGCUACAAGAGCCUCUCUCUCUUUAUGAUUCCUGUAUGACAUGAACGCAGCUUUAUUUAUGGAGGUGUCACCAAAUCUCGAAGCUUCAUCGACUGAUCCACAGUGAAGUAUCUGCGGGUGAUGUGGGUGUGGGACGCUCACAGGUAAGCGGGGGCGGUGAAUGUUUGAAUGUUACUCGGUCAGCUGGUGGAGGAACGUCUCACCGGUGUAAACUCUCUAAAGGUUGUAUUUAUGCAGGUAAAGUGCAAUGGAAGAAAGAGAUUGUGUUUUUUGUAAAUUGUAUUAUAUAUAUAUGUAUUUUUGUUUUUUUUUCUUCUGUGUUUGUUUCCAUCUGAUGGUUUCUGAAUGUUUAAUUUGUAAUAUGUCGUUGUAUAAAGAUCAAAUGUUUGCCUGGUAAAGAAAUAAAAUGACUUUGGCAUGA